AUGGCGACGACCGAGACCGACCAGGCUAAUCCCGGUGACCCUACUAUCCAGUCACACCCAGUGCCAGUGCAACCAACGGCUGCCAUCACCGAGGCAGAGAAUGGACGGCAUUUGGAAGGCUUAGGCUCACGCUCAGAACCAAUGUCGUCGUCCUCGGCGUCUCAUGCCCUAAAACACCCCAUUCACCGAAUCAAAGCCCCUGGGAGUGUCCAAGCUCUUGCCGUCGACGACGAUGUUCUCUUCGCAGGCGUUCAAGGGGGCAGCAUCGGCGUAUGGUCUCUUCAAACGUACGAGCUCCUUACGGCGGUGCCAGCUCACAAGGAGAGCGUGCUAGGCCUUGCCCUGUCUGAGGACAGGUCCCUUCUUUUCUCCACGGGCGCCGAUUCGAUCGUCAAUGUCUGGUCGACUCAGACGCUGCAGAGACUUUAUUCUCUGCAUUCGUACUUCGAGAUUGGCGAUGUCUUCUGCGUCGCCCAUUCCAUCAAGGAACAGACGUUGUUCUGGGGCGCCCAAAACUCCAGCAUUCAAUGGUACAAGCUCAGCACUGACGCCGCCGGGAUCCCGUCUCCCACUCUGUCAGCUUCUCCGGGUUCUCGAAAGCAUCGCUUCUUUGAUUCAUUGGGACCCGGUGGGAUUGCCAAUGUCAUCUCGGACGAAGAUGGCACCGCGGACAUCCUGAACAGCCUGGGCGGACGAGUGCUGACCAUUCCCACCCGGAAUUAUCUUCAAUAUGCCCACAAAAGCUACAUCUACAGCAUGAUCCUGGUAAAAGGACUCUUUAGUCACAACAAGGAUGAAGAGGUCCUCAUCACGGGCGCCGGGGAUGGAACGAUUAAGCUGUGGUCAAUUGACGCACUCUCCACGACCGGCAUCGGGCAAAUAACCAAGUUCAAGAACCCAAACACCAGCGUGUUGAGUCUUUCAUACAAAGCAUCCUUCCUCUAUGUCGGCCUGUCAGACGGCACGGCCAACAUUUACAAUCUCGCAUCGACACAACUCGUCCAGAGAUUACAUGUCGGCCACGGGGAUAUCAGUCAAAUCGUCGUCAGCGCAGAUAGCAUCAUGUGCGGGACUACCCAAGGAUGGGUCAAGCGUUUCAACGACCAUUUCACAGAAACCGAGUGCUGGCAGGCAGCGAACGGCAAGAUCCUGGCGCUGAGCCUGACGACCACCCCUGAUCAUGACAUGCUUGUUGUGGGAGGGAACGAUAGGGUCGUGUCCUUCUGGCAUGCAGAAGCAGGCCCUCACACCUCGACAGGGUCUUCUGCGCGAAGCAAUGACGAACUAUUGAACGCCCUCCGAGAGUUUGUCUCCUAUCGGACUGUUGCCCUAAACCCUACCUGUGUACGUGACUGCCACGACGCCGUGACAUUCCUCCGUAAACAGUGCAACGCCUUUGGUGCAACGACCACCCUUGCCUCGCCGCAGGAAGGUGUCAAUCCCAUCCUGCUGGCCAAGUUCCCAGCUUCCCAUGUCUCCGAAUCCACCCGGUCUGUCCUGUUCUAUGGCCAUUACGACGUCGUCGAUGCUGAAUUCGACUCUUCAAAUUCAAACCAAACCUGGUCUGGCGACCCAUUCAGUCUGCAGCCACUGAACGGUUACCUCUAUGGCCGUGGAGUGACGGACGACAAAGGGCCCAUCCUUGCGGCGAUCUAUGCCGUGGCCGAUCUGGUACAGCAUGGCUCUCUGUCCUGCAACGUGACGUUCCUUCUCGAAGGGGACGAAGAAGCCGGCUCCCGGGGGUUCCGCAAUACGGUGCAGUCGAUGCACGACGCCAUCGGACCGGUAGAUUACAUUCUAUUAUCGAACAGUUACUGGCUCGACGACCACAUCCCUUGCCUGACGUUCGGAAUGCGCGGCGUAGUGCAUGCCAGUGUUACAGUGUCGUCCAACAAGCCAGACCUCCAUUCAGGCAUGGAUGGGAAAUCCAACCAGCACGAACCGCUCAAGGAUCUGACAGUAUUACUGGCCUCGCUCAUCGGACCAUCUGGCACGAAAGUCACGAUCCCGGACUUCUACGACACCGUUGACGAGCUGUCCGAGGGCGAGAUGAAGGCCUAUACGCGCAUCACCUCGGCGCUGCUGCCCGGCCAUCCGGAAAUCCAAAACGAGAAAAAAUUUGCCUUGUCGCUUAUGCAACGCUGGCGGUACCCGAACCUGACGGUGCACCGAAUCGAGGUGCCUGAGGCGAAGACGGCGGUGACGAUCAGCGGCUCUGCAAAGGCGACGCUGUCGAUCCGCAUCGUGCCCUCGCAGACAGCCGAGCAGAUCGCCAACAGUUUGUCGUCGUACCUGCACGAGCAGUUUGGCCAACUCCAAAGCUCCAACAAGCUCACCGUGACCAUCUCAUCCAAGGCAGACCCGUGGCUGGGUGACGUGCGGAGCGAGAUCUACAAGAGGCUCAGGUCUGCCAUCGUCGAGGUUUGGAACCCGGAAUCGGCCAGUUCGUCGCAGCGGUCGUUCCAGACAUCCACGCCCACCUCCACGCCCACAUCUACGCCGACCCCCGGCACGCCCUCAUGGAUCCCGGCCGACGCGUCUACCACUCCGGAUGCCAACCGAGCGUCACACCGUCGCGCCUCUUCCCUCGCCACGACGGGUACAUUCACGGUGUCAACGAUGCCACGCGAGCCGCUGUUCAUUCGCGAAGGCGGGUCCAUCCCGGCCCUUAGUUUCUUGGAGCACGAGUUCGAUGCCCCUGCGGCCAUGUUCCCCAUGGGCCAGGCGAGCGACAACGCGCAUCUGGACAAUGAGCGGAUCCGGCUCGAGAAUCUCUGGAAGGGUCGAGAAGUGCUGAAGCGUGUUUUUGCACGGUUGUGA